AUGAACCGUACCAGUACGCAUUGUCCAGAAGCGGCCCUGGUGUCAGCCCGAGUUCUCGCAGCCGAGGGCACGCCAGCAACUAGGUCAGCGUCAGGCGUGGAGCGUCGACCUUCAGCACCUCGCCCGCCACUUAACAAACGAGGAUCAGGGUCUUUACUGUCGCAAUCACCGCCACAAACACCGAGAUAUCUCUGGAUCCGUAUCGCCCUCUUCGAGCGUCAACUAGCUAAAAUAAUCGAGCACUUAGUGAAUAACGCAACUCGGUACUACGAACGGGACGCCCUUGUCGCCGACCCCGACUACGGAAGUAUCUUGAGCUCGCUCCUGGUUGGACCUUGUGCGUUGGAAUACUCCAAGGCGAAGGCCCCCGCUUGUUUUUGGACUGAUCCGCCUGCUGACGAGUUGGUUCAAAGACACAGGAUGUCAGCGGGAACAACCACACCGCCUUCGGUGCGAAGACCUAUCCUCAACUUCAGGAGGAGUCUCAACACAUCUUCUGAUGACGGCAGCGUUGUUACGUGUACAGGUAGCGUGGGAGGUUCAAGUGCCAAGGAAUAUGUAGAGAGUCUCCACCAGAACUCCCGAGCAACCUUGCUUUAUGGCAAAAACAACGUGCGGGUACAACCGAAAGACGUCGAGGAACCAAUGCCUGGAUACCUGAGUCUGCAUCAGACAGCCGCUGGGCUCGUCAUCAAAUGGACUCCCAACCAGUUAAUGAAUGGAUACGCUGAGAGCGAAGGAGUUGAUAAAAGCGUUUACUGGGCAAUGUCGCUGCAAGUAUGCUUAUGGGAGGUGGUAUACGUCCACGUCCAUCGGUCUCAGGCUAGUGACGCUCUUAUCCUGGUUGGUCAGGAUGGGGUGCAACGGCCUCCUAUACAUUUUCCCAAAGGUGGACAUUUGUUAUCAUUUCUAAGCAAUCUCGAGACCGGAUUGCUGCCACACGGUCAAUUAGAUCCACCGUUAUGGUCCCAGAGGGGGACUGGAAGGGUAUUUGGUCGGGGCAAAGCACGUCGGCGACCGAUGCCAAGUCUUUGCGAAAGUGGAGAGACGGAAGAGGCCGAAUGGGAAGAAGUCGCAGGAGACUACGUGUUUCGCAUUGUUAACAAUGCCAUUACUGAUAGAGAAGCCAUGCGCCAUUCUCUUCUGGAGAGAGUAAUUCAGUCUCCUCCACGUACACCUCGUCGUCCGCUAGCCUCAACUUCUACCACGUCUUCAGAUUCAUCUACGAUGUCGGUGGACUGUCCUCCAUCGGCUGGUCUUAAUGGUCAUCCUCCAUUGACACCAAUACCGCUGCACCAUCCUAUAGUGGAACAAUCUGCAUCAAUAGAACUAGUCUGUAGCACAAUGCGACGUCAGAUAAUAUCGCGAGCCUUCUAUGGUUGGCUUGCCUAUUGCCGCCACCUGUCUACUGUUCGCACACAUCUUAGCGGCCUUGUCCAUCCUAAUAUUAUUCCUAAAGACAACGCUGAAGGCGGUCUGACAGAGGAAGUGUGGAAAUCAAUGACAGAUGAAAACGGCGCAGUCAAUGACAAAGACGAAGUCUACCGGCUGGUUUACUACGGCGGUGUACAGCAUGAAAUUAGAAAAGAAGUUUGGCCAUAUCUACUUGGAUAUUAUGAAUUUGGUUCAACAACAGAACAAAGGAUCGAACAAGAUACAGCGUAUAGACGUCAAUAUGAAACGACAAUGUCGGAAUGGCUUUGCGUUGAGGCGAUAGUGAGACAGAGGGACCGCGAGGCAACAGCUGCAUCGAUAGCUAAACUGUCUGAAGCAUCAGGAAAAUUGAAGCCUGUGGAAACAGAACCAGAGGUAUUUGAAGAUGAUUGCAGUGUCAUAUCAGACAAUCCACCAAUAGUAUCGCCAGAACCCAGUGAGAAUGAUCAGAAGAAAUUAGAAACGAAACCAGUUCUAUCUCGAGCACCGAGCAUAGACGAAGUAGACAACAUUGAGAUGGAUUCGGAGAAAGAAAAAGAAGGAAAAGUUAACGGAGAGACUGAGAAGGGUGAUAACGUAGAUUUAGACAAAGAUGUAGAAAGUCUUAAAGACUUAGAAGAAGAUGAAGAAAUUCAUAUAAAGAGUGUUGUAGAAAAUCCUGAUUUAAGAAGAGAAAGCAUAGCAGAAAUCAAGAGACUAGCUGAAAAUAUCGUUCAAAAGGGUGAAGGAAGAGGAUUAUUGUGCAGCGUGGAUAGUGCGAAUAUGAAUCUUAAUGGUAGCGACAUGAGAUCAUCUAUUGACGAGCAACAAGAGAGUCAACCUAGUCAGCCCAGCGAACAACGCACAAGUGUAAUCGUAACGAACCCCUCAGUAGACUUGGCUGCUUCAGGUUCUCCAGCAUCUGAAGGAACUACUGCCAACGUGAGUCCUGCGCGUAGUCCGCUAGGCGUCGUGCGAGAGGAGUCUCAGUCGGCUGGCGCAUCGUUUGAUACUUUGGAGCCUACCAAUGAUCCUCGACCUCCGACAAAUAGGUCUAAUUGCGCAUCACCUGCAAGCUCUAAUGGUGGAGUUUAUUCUAUUGAACUGGUAGACAGCUUUGCACUGAACUUACAUCGCAUCGAAAAAGACGUGCAGCGAUGCGACAGGAACUAUCCCUUCUUCACCGACGAGAAUCUUGAUAAACUUAGGAAUAUUAUGUGCACGUACGUAUGGGAGCACCUAGAUAUGGGUUAUAUGCAGGGCAUGUGCGACUUGGUGGCUCCACUUCUCGUGAUGAUGCAUGACGAAGCCACUGCGCACGCGCUCUUCUCACGCCUCAUGAGUCGCGCUACGGAUAACUUCCCCUCGGGACAAGCGAUGGAUGCACAUUUCGCUGAUAUGAGGUCGCUGAUUCAGAUCUUGGACUGCGAGCUGUACGAGCUGAUGCACGCACAUGGCGACUAUACGCACUUCUACUUCUGUUACCGGUGGUUCUUGCUCGAUUUCAAACGAGAGCUGCUGUAUAAAGAUGUAUUCGCCGCAUGGGAAUUGAUUUGGGCAGCGCGACACGUGGCCUCUGAGCACAUGGUGCUGUUCAUAGCGCUUGCAUUGCUAGAGACUUACCGUGACGUCAUUCUCGCCAACGCCAUGGACUUCACGGAUAUUAUCAAGUUCUUUAAUGAAAUGGCGGAAAGGCACGAUGCCGCAGCUGUCUUAUCUUUGGCGCGGGAUCUCGUGUUGCAAGUACAAACCUUGAUUGAAAAUAAAUAA